AAGUCACUGAUGAAUCUCCCCAUCGCCAGUUCGGACGAGCACCUCAGUUCUUCCCCUGUCGCAAGUCUGUCCGCCGGGGUUCCCUGUUAGAAAAAAAAAGUCUCGCCGCCUCGCCUCGUCCUCCGCCGCCGCAUCCCCGCGAUUCCGACCAUGGAGGGCGACAGUACCAACCUCGAUGCGGCGAUAGAGUCACUCCUGAAUGUCGAGAAGCAGAUGAGACUGGCCGGCGAUGUCGCUGGCACGCGGAAGGCCGUCAUCGACAUCGUCGAGCUUUGCUACAAAGCCGGUGCGUGGAAGACACUGAAUGACCAGAUCGUUCUCCUCUCGAAGAGGAGAGGCCAGCUCAAGCAGGCCAUUACCGCCAUGGUUCAGAAAGCAAUGGAGUACAUUGAUUUGACGCCAGACAUGGACACAUGCAUUGAGCUAAUCAAAACAUUGAGCAGCGUCUCUGCUGGCAAAAUAUAUGUCGAGAUAGAGCGAGCAAGAUUGAUCAAAAGACUUGCGAAAAUCAAAGAGGAACAGGGAAAGAUUGAUGAGGCUGCUGACUUGAUGCAAGAAAUUGCUGUCGAAACAUUUGGUUCUAUGGCAAAGACAGAAAAAAUUGCAUUCAUUCUCGAGCAGGUCCGGCUAUGUCUGGAUCGUCAAGAUUUUGUCCGAGCACAAAUUCUAUCCAGGAAAAUCAGUACUAGAGUAUUUGAUGCAGAUCCAUCAAAGGAAAAAAAGAAACCGAAAGAAGGUGACAGCAUUGUUCAGGAUGCUCCUGCGGAAAUACCUUCCCUCCUAGAAUUGAAACGCAUCUACUAUGAACUGAUGAUUCGAUAUUACUCGCACAACAAUGAUUACCUGGAGAUCUGCCGCUGUUACAAGGCAAUCUAUGAUAUUCCAGCUAUAAAAGAGGAUCCAGCAAAAUGGAUACCGAUUCUUAGGAAGAUCUGUUGGUACUUAGUGCUGGCACCUCAUGAUCCUAUGCAAUCGAGCCUUCUCAACGCUACUCUAGAGGAUAAAAACCUUUCUGAGAUCCCAAAUUUCAGAUUAUUGCUGAAGCAGCUGGUUACUAUGGAGGUCAUUCAAUGGACAAGUUUGUGGGAAUUCUACAAAAAUGAAUAUGAGAAUGAGAAGCUUCUUGGAGGAGCUUUGGGUGCCAAAACUGAAGAAGAUUUGAAGCUGAGGAUCAUAGAACAUAAUAUCUUGGUUGUCUCCAAGUACUAUUCAAGGAUUACCCUCAAGAGGAUUGCGGACCUUCUCUGCCUGAGUUUGCAGGAGGCAGAGAAGCAUCUUUCAGACAUGGUGAACUCUAAAUCUCUGAUUGCAAAGAUCGACAGGCCAAUGGGUGUAGUGAGCUUCCGUACAGCUCAAGACAGCAAUGGAGUACUCAACUCAUGGGCCACAAACCUCGAGAAGCUUCUUGACCUUGUUGAGAAGAGCUGCCACCAAAUACACAAGGAGACGAUGAUCCACAAGGCGGUGUUGAAAGCUUAGUUUUGGCUCGUGGCUUUAGGUUCCCUUUGUAGCCUCCCGUGGACAAAUUUCACAAAUUACAGGACAUGAAGCUUUCCCCUGUUUGCUUUGGCAAGAAGUAUUAGCUUUCAGCCAAAUAUUGCCAAAGCCUAUCAGAUCAAGCUUACGUUCUUGCCGCCUCAUUGACGGCAUUAGGCUUGCUGUCGUAUGGAAUUUCCAAACUUGAACUUGGAAAGUCAGUCUUUUCAAGUAAGAGUAGUAAAGUCAGUCUUUUCAAGUAAGAGUAGCCUUCCGAUUCUUGCAUCUGGUAUUUCUAUGUGCAGGAUAUUAAAUGUCGAAUCUUCAUUUUGGCACAGGAAAUGAUCAUUAUCAGAUUCACAACCUCAAUACCCACUCUGAAGAUUUUGGUUCUUGACUCCAGAGGUCCUAAUCUGGACUCGUUUGUUGACUUCAUCAAAUAUUUCCCCUGCUUGCAAAAGCUGUAUAUAGUUGUCAGUCAUUGUCUUUGGCUGCUUUUAAAUAUAAUCUGGUUAAAGUGUUUACAAAUUAUUUCUUCUUUCUCUAUACAGUCUCACCCUGUCACCCACUAUGAAAACCAGUGGUCCUCGAGCACUAUGAUAGCAGGAGGCAUGAUGUCAACUUCGCCAAUAGAGCUUCAAUGACAAUUGAGCUUCUUGGGGGUGCUCAAUUGAAAUUCCAAAGUGGGUAUGGGAGAAAUAAGAAAUUCAACAAGAAAUAGGCAUGAGGAUUUCUAUGACAGCUCAUUAUGUAAAAGCGAGGAUUUGAUGCCUAUUCACUAGAUUAUCAUGUCUUUCGUCCAAAGCCAAAAUUUUAUAUGCCUACUGUGGUUGUAGUAAUGUUUCUCCCUUCAGAUUUAUCGGGAUACUGAAAUGUUUUUGAGAUA